AUGUGCCAGUCUUCUCCUUCCAUUCCCAACACCUCAAAGCUCUUAAUCGCCAUCAAUGAAUCCCCUUUAUGCAACCCAAAGCUUUAUUUACCGCUUUCCUCCAACGUCAUCGAAGCAAAAUCUCUCCUUUCCCUUGCCAUCCCUACUGUCCUCACUUACCUUCUCCUCUACUCCCGUUCCAUGAUCUCCAUGCUCUUCCUCGGCCGCCUCGGUAGUCUCCCCCUCGCCGGCGGCUCCCUUGCUAUUGGCUUCGCUAACAUCACCGGAUACUCUGUUUUAUCCGGGCUCGCCGCCGGCAUGGAACCCAUCUGUGCCCAAUCACAUGGCGCCGGCCGGCCGCAUCUUCUAGUACUCGCCCUUCGCCGCACAGUCAUCCUUCUUCUCUCCGCCUCCAUCCCCAUCUCCUUCCUUUGGCUCUCCAUGCGCCGCAUCCUUCUCUUCUGCGGCCAAGACUCCGAAAUCGCCGCCGCCGCGCAAUCUUUCAUUAUCUUUUCCCUCCCCGACCUACUCCUCCUUUCUCUCAUCCAUCCCCUCCGCAUCUACCUCCGCUCUCAAUCCAUAACCCUCCCAUUAACAGCCGUUACGGCCAUCUCCGCCUCCCUUCACUUCCCCAUCAACCACCUCCUCGUCCUUUACUUCCAUCUCGGCAUCCCCGGCGUUGCACUCGCGUCUGUUCUCACCAACCUCAACCUCGUCAUCCUCCUCCUACUCUACCUCCGCUUCUCCGGCAUCAACUGCCGCACUUCUGCCGCUGAUAACACCUUUUCCAUCGCCGGCUGGCGAUCACUUCUCUCCCUUAGCAUCCCAAGCUGCGCCUCCAUAUGCCUCGAAUGGUGGUGGUACGAAAUCAUGGUUCUUCUCUGCGGUCUCCUCAGCCACCCUCAAUCCACCGUGGCAUCCAUGGGCAUUCUUAUACUAACAACAUCCUUAAUCUACAUUUUCCCCUACUCGUUCAGCUCGGCCGUGUCGACCCGCGUGGGGAAUGAGCUCGGGGCAAAUCGGCCUGAUCGGGCCCGACGGGCCGCUGGGGUCGGGCUCACAUGUGGAGCUCUGCUCGGUCUCACCGCCUUUUUAUUCUCCUUCUCGGUCCGCAACAUGUGGGCCAGGAUUUUCACCACCGAUAAACGUAUAUUGGACCUCACGGCGGCGGUGUUGCCGAUACUCGGGCUAUGCGAGCUCGGAAACUGCCCGCAAACGACGGGCUGCGGCGUGUUGAGGGGAAGCGCGCGGCCGCGGGCGGGGGCGAAUAUAAACCUCGGAUCAUUUUAUGGGGUCGGGAUGCCUGUGGCCAUCACGCUUUCAUUUUGGGCCGGACUGGAUUUCAAAGGGUUAUGGCUCGGGCUGCUCUCGGCCCAGGCCACGUGUCUUGGGCUUAUGCUUGUCGUUAUUUACCGUACUGAUUGGGAGAGGCAAGCUGACCGUGCGCAGCUGCUCACCGGCGGUGGUGGUGGUUUGGACGGCGAAGAGGAGGAGGAUUCUAAGCUGGUCGAUGCUAAGGUGGGGGAGGGUGACUUGGUAUAG